UGCAUUGGAGAUAGCGCUGAAUAUUCCCUCCAUUUCAAUUUUAAUUUGGUAGCAUCUUCUCUUAAGCUAUAUUGUCCGUAAAAUACGCAUUAAAGACAUUUCUGAUGCAGAAAAUUGUUCAAUAGUUCCGAAGACAAGCUGCUCACACUCAAAUACAGCUUUUUCAUUGGCUUAUGCUAUGUUGUCAUGGAGAUUCGAGACGCUGUGGCUGCUCGUAAAUCGUGAUCACAAUACCACGAACACCGAGACAUUUCUUAUUUUCACACGUGCUGCCGCAUAAUCCUAUAAUAAUUAUUUAUUUUGUUUGAUUUCUGUGGUUGAGCUAGAAUUGGUUUUCGUACGAUUAUAGAUCACUGAUUAUAGAAGACUACGUUCAGCUCCUAUAAUCUUUAUGUUAGGUUUCACUCGUUUUACUUAGAGUUGAAUGUGUCAUCUUCCAAGUUCCAGUCAUGUCCGUUCCUGUGGAGGUUGUCAGCUGGGAUGACGGCAGUGCGGACGCCAACACCAUCAGCUAUGACUCGGAACUGCUUGGCAGCACUGCGAACAUUGAGACAGAGGAGGCUAUCUGCGCGCGCGUGGUGCCGGAGCUGUGCGCGCGCUCGGACGUGGCCGCCCUGCGUCAGCUGACCACCGUGCUGUCGGAGAUCCCGGAGCGGUUCCUGGUGGACAUGCUGCUCACCACUCUGGGCUCCGCCAGUCCCGUCAGGGAGGAGGCGCUGGACGAUAUGCUGCGCGUGCCGUACACGCCGGCCGUGAUGACGUCAGAGCUGCGCCGACGUCACCUGUCUGACGUCACCCGGCUGGCCGGCUACGUCACCAAGCGGCUGCAGACCACAGAGGCCGCACUGGAGCCGGUACUGCUGGAGUGGCUGACGGUGGUGGUCGACUCGCAGUCCACCAGCUGGGCUCUCAGUGACGGGGAGGAGGCCUGGGAACUAUUGCACGCUAUCGAGGAGUGGCGCAACAAACAGGAGGUGCAGGCCCGUGACCUGCUGUGCCUACAGCGGGAGAUGGAUCAGCUGGUGGCGCUGCACAAAGACCCGCCCUCCCCUCCCGCCGCUGACUACGCCGUCGAGACGCUCUACCUCUGAUGACGUCAUGUGUGACGUCAUUAGUGGUGCUGGGGGUUGGGUAUGGAGGGAAGUGUCGGUGUAAGCCAACUAUUUUCAGUGGCGAAUUUUGGGGGAGGGUCUGGAGCACUCUGAUAUGAGCGGAUUUUUUGUUUCUUUCUGCAUCCUAUGUGAACACUGAACGGCGAUGGUGUUUUGUUUGACAGACGUUGAAGAAACUCAAAUGACAUUGUUGA